CUUGCAUCAUGUGAGAUCCUACAGGAAAAGGAUUCCAUUUUCCCUGCUUGGUUAUCUCCACAUUGGUCAUUUCAUCAAUGGUCUUUCUAUUGGUAAGGUAAAUUUCCUUCUCUAUCUAUUUUGUUUAAGAUUUCUAUGAUGAUCAGAUGUUGAAUUUUGUGAAAUGAUUUUUCUCCAUCUGUUGAGAUGAUGUGGUUUUCAUCUUUCAUUCUGUUCAAGUGGUAUAUCACAUUGAUUUGCUUGAAUAUGUUGAACCAUCCUUGCAUGUCAGAAGUAAACAGCACUUGCAUAUCUACAAUCCUUUUAUAUAUCCUCUUGAAUACAGUAUUCUAGUACAAGUGGUCUUCAAGAAGCUCAUGGAAAAAUACAUAUUAUGGGAAAAUUGUCCAUGAAUUUCACAGUUUUUGCACCAAAAUAAACUGAUACAAAUCUGUUAUAACAUGUCUGAACAGGCUCUAGUUUGAGGCACUGAGAAGGAUAAGACAUGAGUUUGAAAAGAGACUGUAUCAAAGGAAUAUAAACUCUGCUAAAAUUGAAACAAGAAGAAAAAUAAAAUUUUUGAUGAGAACAGUUGCAGUGUCUCAGGUCUGAAAUUCCAGCAAUUUCAGAGGCCAAGACAGGUGGGUCACGUGAGCCCAGGCAUUCAGGACCAGCCUGGGCAACAUGGUGAAAACCCCUUCUAUACAAAAAAUACAGAAAUUCGCUGGGCAUGGUGGCACCUGACUGCAGGGCCAGGUACUGUGGAGUCUGCAGCGUGAGGAUGGCAUGAACCUGGGAGGUCGAGGCUGCAGUGAGCUGUGAUCUUGCCACUGCACUCCAGCAUGUCUCAAAAAAAGAACACUUAUGGUAAAGUUUGGGUAGAUGAAUUAUGAUAUCAUUGAUGCUUUAUGAAAAGGUUAUGGGGACGAUGCCCAAAAGAAAUCAACAGUUUGUAAAUGGAUAACUAAUUUUGAGUUGGGAGAAGACAAUGUUGAAGGUUACACGUGGAGCAGCAGGCAGACCAUCCACAUCAGUUUCAGAGAAAAACAAUAAUCUUGUUUGUGCCGCGAUGAAGAGGACUGACAGCUAACAGCAGAAACAAUAGUCAGGAGGUUGAGAACAGGCUGGUUAACGUGGUGAAGUGCCAUCUCUAUUAAAAAUACAAAAAUUAGCUAGGUAUGGUCGCAGACACCUGUAAUCCCAGCUCCUUGGGAGGCUGAGGUGGGAGAAUCGCUCGAACCCAGGAGGUGGAAGUUGCAGUGAACCGAGAUAGUGCCAUUGCACUCCAGCCUGGGCAACAAGAGUGAAACUUUCUCUCAAAAAAAAAAAAAUAGAUGUCAAGCCCCUUCUCUUCCUUUCUCCACCAUCAUGGUGUGUACUUGACUCUGCUUCUCACCAGAUCUUCUCAUAAGACUUUCAGGAUUAAGCAAUUCCUGGCCAAGAAAAAAAAGCAAAAUCGUUCCAUUCCCCAGUGGAUUCAGAUGAAAACUGGUAAUAAAAUCAGGUACAAUUCCAAAAGGAGACAUUGGAGAAGAACCAAUCAGGGUCUAUAAGGAAUUGUACAUGAGAUGGCACACAUUUUUAUGCUCUCUGAGCAUUACAAUCACGUUACCAUAUCAAGCAGAAAAUGUCACCAUUAUCUGGAGAGUUGGACAUGUUUUAUUGGGAAUAUAUUUUUUCUCUCUGAAUCUGUUAGGAACACGUUGGUUGGCUGAGUUCAGUAAUAAAUACGUGAGGCUUUUCAUUUCAAAAAAAAAGUCAAAUGAUGUAAUUCCAUAGAGUACCUUAAUUCCUGUAUUGCUUUUUGGUUUUUUUUAAGAUGGAGACUCCACUGGGUUCAGUGGAUCACACCUGUGGUCCUCACACAUUGGGAGGCUGAGGUGGGAGGAUUGCUUGAGAUCAGGAGUCUUCUGGGAAUCUUCUCGCCUCCGCUAACCCAGUUCAUGAUAGACCCUUGGACUUUACUGUUUUGGAAAAUCUAUAUAAACCAAUAUCAGUGUGGCAAAGCAUUAUGUCUGUCAGAAGGUUGUGAAAGAAGCUUAAAAAUUACUAAGCCAAAGAGAAAAGUCAGGCUGGGAACUGUGUCAGACAAACCUGCCUCCCGUUUUAUUCCUAAAAGAGACAGCUACAAGGAUUUUUUACAAAGCUACAUAGAGGCUGGGUAUGGUGGCUCAGGCCUCUAAUCCCAGCACUUUGGGAGGCCACGGUGGGUGGAUCGCCUGAGGUCGGGAGUUCGAGACCAGCCUGACUAACAUGGAGGUACCCCGUCUCUAGUAAAAAUAGAAAAUUAGUCAGGCAUGGUGGCAUAUGCCUGUAAUACCUGCUACUCGGGAGGCUGAGGCAGGAGAGUCGCGUGAACCCAGGAGACAGAGGUUGUGGUGAGCCGAGACCACACCAUUUCACUCCAGCCUAAGCAAUAAGAAUGAAACUCCAUCUCAAAGAUGAAUAAAUGAAUACACAGAUACAUAAAUAUUUAAAAUAUAAAGAUGAGGUUUCACCAUGUUGCCUGGGCUGGUCUCCAACUUUUGGCCACUGGCUAUCUUUCUGCUUCGGCCUCCCAUCAUGCUGGAAUUACAUGCACAAACCACCAUGCCUGGCCACAUUAUGCUUUUUUAAACUUGCUAAUAUUUUAGAUAUGCUAAUUUCUUCCUAAACGUAAUUAUGUUUUAGCUAAUUACUAGUGUUUGAUAAAUGAAACCUUUGAUAACUAGGGAUGUGAGUGAAAAAUAUAGUUCAUAGUACAUAUUAACUUACAGAUAUUGCCAAAAAAUUAUUGCAUGCAGAAAUGCGGUGAUUUAAAAGUUUAUAAUUUUUUUUUCUUUUUUUGGGAUGCAGUCUCACUCUGUUGACCAGGCUGGAGUGCAAUGGUGAGAUCUCAACUCACUGCAACCUCUGCUGCCUGGGCUCAAGCAAUUCUCCUGCCUCAACCUCUUGAGUAGCUGGGAUUACAGGUGCAUGCCACCAUGCCCAGCUAAUUUUUGUAUUUUUAGUACAGAUGGGGUUUCACUGUGUUGGCCAGGCUGAUCUCAAACUCCUGACCUCAGGGUGAUCUAUUUGCCUAGGCCUACCAAAGUGCUGGGAUUACAGGUGUGAGCCAUCACACCCAGCCAAUUUUGUAAUUUAGUUAUAUUUUCUUCAGAGCCCACGUAAAACAGAAUAACCUGAGUGCAAUGUAUCCUUAGUAAUAUCUCAUAAUUAUUCUCUAUAUGAAAAUAAAUCCCAAUGUUUGAAGACUGCCUAUUUUACAGCCUUUGUUAUUCACACCUGAUAGAACACUUAGGAAAGAACAACAAAGAAAACACCCAAAAUAGAUUACAAUUGGAUGGGUGUGGUAGCUCGCCUUUAAUCCCAACACUUUGGGAAGCUAAGGUGGGAGGAUUGUUUGAGUACAGGAGUUCAAGGCCAGCCUAAGCAUCAUAGUGGACCCCCGACUCUACAAAAUAUUUAAAAAUUAGCAAGGCCUGGUGGUGAGGGCCCGUGGCCCCAGCUAGUUGGGAGGUGAGGCGGAAGGAUUGCUUGAGCCCCAGAGGUUGAGGUUGCAGUGGGCAAUGUUCCCACCACUGCAUUCCAUCCUGGGUGACAGAACUAGGUCCUGUUUCUAGGGGAAAAAAAAUUACAACUUGAAGAUAAAAAGUACAUUUUCUACUUAUUUUCAGAAGGCACUUAAAGUGAAUUUGAUAUUACAAUACACUUAGGAAUUAUUUUUUAAAAAAAGAAUUUGAGAAUGAGGACCAAGGUCUAAUUUUUUUAUCUUGCCCAAAUUCCUAUCUAAAGGGUCUGGGGAGUCAUGCCCUACAAACCAUAAAUACUCAUCAGAUGGGUUUUAUUUAGUCCUAUAUAUCCUGUCUUACUUUCCAGUCUGACUCUGGAAUAACAUGUGACAAAGAAGAAAGUCAAAAUAUUUUACCCCAAAACAUGUUUCUGUGCCAUAUUUUGAAAUGGUCCUGCAAAGCUGUUCUUUGUGAGGGGUACAUGUGCAUCUGUAAAGAAUCUCUGUUAACAUAGCUAGAUCUUUUUCUUCUAGGCCCUACCAAUCCUGAAGAGAUUAAGUAAGAAUCUCGCACUGUUUAAAGGUCUGAAUAGAAAACACUUAUCAUCUAUUAUCUCUAAGGGCAGCCAAUAGAAGACUUGAAAACAACAUUGGUCUCCACAAUCUUUUACCUUAACGUGAACAUUUCCUCUCCGUUGAUCCCAGGUAUUUAGACAAACUCAACCAAUUGUCAAUCAGAAAAUGUUUCAAUUUACCUGUAGCCCAGAAGUCCCUGCUUUGAGUUGCCCCUCCUUUCUGAACCAAAGCAGCGUAUUUCUUAAAUGUAUUUGAUUGAUGUCUAAUGCCUCCCUAAAAUGUCUAAGAACAAGCUGUUCCCCAUCACCUCGGACACAUGUUCUCAGGACCUCCUGAGGGUCAUUCAUAUUUAGCUUAGAAUAAAUCUCUUAAGAUAUUUUACAGUUUGAGUCUUUUCCACGACAAAAAUAACUCAUUUUAAUUGCAGCAUGAAAUAACAAACGUAAGAAACAACUGGGCAACUUAUAUGCACUGUUACAAUGUCAGUGCUUUUUUUAAAUCACUUUUUUGUUUAUUGAGACGGAGGAGGGAGCUCUGGGAUAGAGGGUCUUACUUUGUCGCCCAGGCUGGCCUGGAACUCCAGGCUCAGCGAUCCUCUCGCCCCUGCUUCCUGAGUAGCUGGGACCCCAGACUCCUGCCACCCCGCCCGCAUCCCUGCUGUGUUUAAGCAGCAGGUGGUGACCUCACUCCUCCCUAGCCUGAGCCCUCUGCUCCACACCCCAGACGGUGGCCCUAGGGAAGUCUCAGGAGCUGAGCACAGUGUGGGCUGUCCCACUCCAGUGAAUGGAGAAUUGAAAGGGAGAGGAUUUCUAUUCUGUUCUGUGGACCGUCAGCAUGAAAUUCUACCUUUCGCUCAGGCACGGCUUUGCAUUUCGCGUUCUAGUUUGCAUUCCUGCCCUAGACAACUUCCAGGCUUUGGAAUUAAAUUGCUAAAAUAAAUUUCAAUAGCAAGGAACUUUCCCGGAUCCAAUUACCGCCACACGGCGACUUCUCAGGGAGGUACUAUUUCCCUGACUGCUGAGCUGCUCCAGCCUCACUGGCGGGAG